AUGGUCUCGGUUCCCGUCAGCGACUGGAUUCUCACAUCCUUGCUUCGUGAAUACGACUCGGAGGAACACUCUCGACCAUUCAAAGGACACUCAGGACGCAUCACUUCCAUUGAAUACUCUCCCGACAAUCGGUUUAUUGCUACUGGCGGCUCCGAUGGGACUGUACGGCUUUGGGACCCCCAGACUGGCGAGCAAGUUCGAUUGCUUACGACUAACCAUCCAGUUCUUUCUCUCACAUUCUGUCGCUCUAACCGAUGUCUAUCUGCGAUAUGCGGAGUCCAGGAUGUUGACAGAGCUCGUGUCUUUGUCUGGAAUGUGGAAAAGCAGCCAGACGAUGAAAUCACACCAAUAGAAACAGAGUACGAAAGCAUGGGCAUGGGCUUAGAGGCAGCGCAUGCGGUCAGCUUCUCCUCAGACGGAGGGCUGCUUGCUAUCCUCACACCCAUUGAACUCGCGGUACAGGACACAGAAUCGGGAAAACUGGUCGCGCGAGUUCUCGUUUCUAGCAAGAUGGAUGACCUCGUCUCUUUUGUGGCCUUCUCUUCAGACGACCAGCACGUUGUAUAUGCAUAUCAUGGCGAAAACUCUACUCUGGAGAUGCGUUCUUUCGGUCUGGAUUCAAAGCAAGAGACGGGCGUGUUGUCCCGGGUACCCGCUUCUGAACCGCUCUGCUGUUUUCCUACAGGCAACAUACUCGCAGGACGUGCACUGGCCGGGGGCAUACAGAUAUGGAGUUUAGUCACGGGGGAGGCUACACAGGGCCCGCUUCGAGGCCACGUUGACCAGACCUCAAGCAUGUGCUUUUCUCCCGACGGGAGCUGGUUAAUUGACAGCUCAAAGGCGAGAACGAUCUGCGUGUGGGAUACGUCUAGUGGUACGCUGGUUGCAGGGCCCCUGAGGCACGACAGACUGCAAGGAGCUAUUCGCGCAGUCGCGUGUUCGCCGUCGAAGGAUCGCGUUGCGUGCGUAGAGGGCGAAAACGAUGUGGUUAUCUGGGACAUCCAAGAUAACGAGGUGGUUUUGUCCUCAUGGCAGAAUCCAGCUGACGAGAGGCGACUCGUGCUUCAUCGCUCGAAUCACGUCCCAAUCAACGCCAUACAGUGGCUUCCGAACGGCCGUCAGUUCAUCAGUAGCGCUCCGUCUGACGAUUACAUCCGCACAUGGGACGCUCAAACCGGCAAGCAAGUAGGUGAACUUCUGUUCCAUGGGGGCUCUAUAAUCUCGCUGUCUGGCGACGGCAGGCUCCUGGCCAUCGGCUCUACGCGAGAACUCGGCACUAUUGUCCUUGUUGAUGCCAAGACUGGGCGAGAGCAUGCUCCCCCUCUCAUGGGCGUUGAUAGUCAAACCCGCCGACUACAGUUCGCGCCGGAUUCUUCUACACUGGCCGUUGUACUUCAACAAAGUGGCGGUCUACAUCUAGUGCGCGACGUUUUGGACAGCCGCAAGAUUAUCCUUGUACCCAACAGCGGGGCAGUUCUCGAUAUUGACUUUUCUCCAGAUGGAAAGCAUCUAGCGUACGUGAACGAGCGCUCUCGGAGUGUCCGAGUUUGUGAUACCCACACACUGGAGGUCGUCUUCGAGCGGGAAGUCCAAAUGAGCGGUAAUGCUCUGGUAUCUUUCUCGCCUGACGGUCGCCACCUUCUCGGUACCGGCGGCACCAACGAUGUCAACGUUUGGGAUGUGACCACAAGUAGGGAAAUACUCAACGUGCAUAAGGAAAAGACCAGCGUUCUCGCAGCAGCAUCUUCUCCUGACGGGCGCACGUUCAUCGUCUCUUGGGUCAACGUUGGGCCGAGCGUGCCUACCGCUGAGACGGGGAUGUUUGACGCAACCAGCGGAGAGUCUGUGUGGAGAAUGCUAGAUACGGAGAACGUGACCGCCAUUGCAUUCUCCCCGGCGGGAGAAAGGAUCGCGAUCAGCUUCAGGGAUGGACCGAUCAAGGUGGUGGAGGCUUCUACCGGCGACGUAAUUUUGUCAGGGGGAGUAGAGAAUCCAUUAUUCGACCAAGAUGAGGACGUACACCCAGAAGGCAGGGGUGCUCACCUUUCCGACGUCGAUAUGGAGUCGAUAUUAAACGCAAGUCCUUUCCAACUGUCUUCUAGCGUCGAAAUUGAGCAGCUUGCAGAUGCCUGCGAUGCUUAG